GUAUUCACCGGGAUGAUGGCAGAAGGCAAGUGCGGCCGCGGCGUUGACGGCGGCGCGUCGGUGGCGGCGUGGCGCUCGUCCAGAAAUGGUCUCAGGCAAGUCGCACGCGUGCACUGCACGCCUUCCCAUAACCUACUCACAUUUUGCGCUUUAUUCACCUUCUGCUACCAUCCUUGUACUCGUUCUACGUCUUCUCUGCGGCUUCAAGGAGGCCAACGAAGAGCCAGGAGCCACGUCUGGGGCUUGACUCUGCGGCAUCUACAUCGCUCACAGCCCAGUCUAGCUGGUUAGCAGAAUAGCACUUGCGAGUCUCAAAAACCCUACCAGAGGCCCCUACAUAUCCCGGGAGUGGCUUCGGCGUGCGAGUGGUCGCCUUGAGAACUCUCGACGUUCCGACGACGCACGGACACCAGCAUUGACGACCUCUCAGACACGUCUAUGACCAGCCCAGAUGCUCGGCCGGACAAGAACCUCCAAUCAUGACCAAGAGGGCUCCGCAACCGAGCCAUUACUCGGGCACUCGUUCGAAGAGCCCCACAACGCGGAGGAUGUCAUAUUCUCCGUCGCAGACGAUGAAGACCUAGACGAAUCCUCGGCCCUCAGCCGAGCCGACUCUCCUCAAGACACCCCAGGACAUGUCCGUUUCCGUGAGGAUGUACAAGUGAUCGGCCUUCCCUUGCGAUCUACGUUCGAGAGUCGAGAGACGGAGUAUGAACUAGACACCGACGACCUAGAUGGCGAAGCGGUCGCUCAGCUCGAUACAUCCCACCCGCCACGCUCUCCCCGCUCUCCCAGCAGUCGGCAUCGCGAACAGUCCGUGCCACUACUCGUCGGUUUACUUGACACCGCGUCUGCACGGCGAGACACUGCCGACGGGACACUUCGCCUAGAGCAGAAUGGUGUGGUGUUAGAAGAGGACGGUCCGCGGGUAGACCUGGAGGCUCUUGCCGCGAAGCAAUCAGCUGGAGGGGGAAUGCUAGACUCCGUGGCAAAUAUGGCCAACUCGAUCUUGGGCGCAGGGAUCAUUGGUCUGCCAUAUGCUGUACGGCAAGCGGGAUUCGUCACAGGGCUCAUACUGCUGGUCGCCCUGUGUGGAGUGACGGAUUGGACCAUCCGCCUCAUUGUGGUCAACGCGAAGCUCAGUGGGCGCAACUCCUACAUUGAGAUCAUGAACCAUUGCUUCGGCCCGAGCGGGCGUGCAGCAGUGUCCUUCUUCCAAUUUGCUUUUGCUUUCGGAGGCAUGUGCGCCUUCGGUAUCAUCAUUGGCGAUACGAUCCCGCACGUCAUCCGUUCUAUAUUCCCCACCCUCUCGACGAUACCCGUCCUCUCCCUCCUCACUAAACGCCAAUUCGUCAUCGCCCUCUGCACCGUCUGCGUCUCCUACCCACUCUCACUGCACCGCUCCAUCGACAAGCUCGCGCGUGCGUCCCUCCUGGCGCUCCUCGGCAUGGUGACCAUCGUCGUCUCCGUGCUCAUCGAUAGCCCACGCGUGCCGCCCGAACUCAAGGGCGACCCGUCGAAGCGCUUCACCGUACUCGGGCCGGGCGUGUUCCAGGCCAUUGGCGUGAUCAGCUUCGCAUUCGUGUGCCACCAUAAUUCGCUGCUGAUAUAUGGGAGCUUGCGCACGCCGACGCUGGACCGGUUCGCGAGGGUGACGCAUAUCUCGACGGCGGUGUCGUUGGUGUCGUGUUGCACGCUUGCGAUAUCAGCCUACGUUGUCUUCACGGACAGGACUCAGGGAAAUAUCCUGAACAACUUUGCAGGGAAUGACACCCUCAUCAAUGUCGCCCGCUUCUGCUUCGGGCUGAACAUGUUCACGACCCUCCCCCUUGAGCUCUUCGUCUGCAGAGAGGUCAUAGAACAAUAUUUCUUCCCCCAUGAGCCCUUCAACAUGCAACGGCACGUCUUCUUCACGACAGCCUUGACCUGCUCCUCCAUGAUCAUUGCCCUCAUUACAUGCGACCUGGGGGUAAUGCUCGAGAUCACAGGUGGAGUGUCAGCCACGGCACUGGCAUUCAUCUUCCCCGCGGCAUGCUACCUCCGUCUAGCGGACCUGGGCCCGAAAUGGUACUCUCGCGGCAGACUACCCGCCUUGGCUUGCGUGGCGUUUGGCGUCACCGUCCUUGUCAUAUCACUCUUUCUUGCGUUGGGCAAGGUAUGGACUCCGGACGGCGCGGCACGGAUAUGCGUAUAAGUCGGCGUGGCACCCUGGAUUGAGAUCUACAUCAGGGCGGAUAUGCUCGCUAGAUUGUACACUGGUUUGUGGGCAUGCGGACUGUUGUGGUGCUUUGCUUCGCUUUCUCGACUCGCAUGGACCUAGCAGUAGGAAAAUAUAAUAUGUGUAGCUAUGCCUGAGUAAUCACUCACGACUGUACUGUGAACUUCCCCGGUGUGAUUUUAGCACGGCCGCAUUUUACGGAGCCCUCAGUGGCAGCAGCCAAUGGGUAUCGUGCGAGUGGUCACGCAUGGAAAGG